UAACUUUUGUUUGAACUGUAAUAAUAAACUCUCAAAUGUAUUGUAAAUUUUGUCUUGUGCCUGAUAUGCUUCAGCUAAUUCUUUGCCUUCACUCUGUUUACAUACAUAAGUAUGAAUUAGCCUACAUUAAGAAUUGCAUGCUCUAAUGGACAUAUUUUCAAUUCAAAAGGUGAACGUUGCCAAAAGGCACAAGGAAGAGACAUAACUGUGCAGAAAACAAAAGCACAAACUAUAUGGAUUUGAUGAAUUCUGUAGUGAUUUGUGAUGUAGCUGUGAUAUAGAUUGUCUCAAAAAAAAAAAAAAAAAAAGAAAAAGAAAAAAAAGUAAAUCUGAUAAUACCAAAAUGUGGUUAUUUACACUGUUUCUUGCCAUUGUGUAGAUAACAAAGUUAUAACCAGUAAAGUUUAACUGUCUGAGCUUGACCAGUGCAUAUUUUGGAAAGUAUGCUAUAAACUACCUAUUUAUUAUUAUUAUUAUUAUUAUUACAAAAAGGUCCUACUUAACAGAAGCAAUUUGUCAAUGAGAAUGCUUGGAAAAUAUUUUAGUCCAUACAUCCAUGAUAAUUUCAUAAUUCCGAUGUAUUUGUUUAUUAACAAUAACUGUGACAGACUGCACUUUAGAAAUGAAGAAUAUUGGAUAUCCUAUAGACAUUUGAACUCUUUAUAAUUUUUAGUUUAAAAUCAGGAAUAUCAAAUGGAUACUUCUGCCAUCUAGUGGCAGGACCAAAACACUUAGUGGCCCCAAAAAUGGCCAAUGUUAAAAAUGUCUGUAUGUCAAUGCCAAUCAAAACAAAUAAGACUUUAAGUGAUGAACCAAUAUAUAUAGUGUUGAAAAUGUAUAUAAACAUCUCAUUAAUCCAUGUUUUUUUCCCCAGACUGUAAAUGACACAAUAAGCAUCAGUUUGCUUCAUGUGAUGUCACACCUGUAAUUCAGUCUUAGUACAUUUGGGCACAUUAAGCAUUUUAGAAUGACCUGCUGUUUUUAAUGAUUGAAUCACUAGUGUCCAAGACUUGCAGUUUGUUUAUCUUUGUUUUUUUCUUUUAAGGGGUGCUCUGAAUAUUCAUGGAUUGAAACAGAUGGAAAAUAUACAGGCCUGUGCUGCAGUUCCCUUCAUAACACUGGAUUCAUUAGGGUUUUAAAGCUUAUUUCACUCAAACAGAAGCAUCUUGUUAGACAGGGGCUAGUUUUAGAGGAAUCUGAGGGUGUUCGCUGCCUGAUAAUUCCCGCAGCAAUACACAGAUAUAUGGACUUGGGAAAAAUAGGAUCAGGUACCAAAAUUAGUAUGAUGGGACACAAGAGGAGCACGUAACCCCGUCACUAAUCAGAUUAGACAGGAUUAUGUCUCUAGGCUCGACGCGUCUGCACAAGUUCACAGGUCUGUGAACAUGCCAUCGGAAGACCAGCUGAAGAGAAACAAACCAACACAUACAUUUAUAUCCACUGAAGUUCAACAGGGAUCUUUAUUCAGCCUCUGAAUCAUUCAACCAGACAGUAUAUCAAGGCAAUGGAGCACCAUGUGAAAUCUCCAUAAAAUGGCUACUUAUGUACUGUGGUCAGCAGUCGUCUGGACUCUCAAGGGCCUGCUGUGCACAUGGAGGUUUUUCUGGGUCAGCCCGUAUUGUGCUCUAAAAUCUGCACCAUGGACAGAGAGAGCAGCUGAUACUGACCAUAAACUACAAUCAAAACUGACCACAGUUGUCCAAGAUGUCAAGCAUCUCGCAGGGACAGACUCUGAGAAGAAGGCCAAAGCAGGAAACUGUGUUCAGCGUGAGCGCACAAGCGGCCUGUACAAGAGACUGUUAACAGCUGAAGGGGAGAUUCAGGAACUGAAGAUAGAGAUUGCAAAUCAGAGAGCAUCAUGGGAGAUGCGGUUUAUCGAGCUGCAAAAGAGACAACUUGAUCUGAGAGACCAGUUGACCUCUGAGAUUCUGGUAAGGUCUGGAUUGCUGUACAGAGACACCGAUUCAGAAGAAGCAAAUGAGGUCUUUGUAGAGUCUGGGUUGGAGAAUGGACUUUAUUCUGAGGAGAAGGAACAUGGAUGUUUUAGUGGUCUCAGACAGAUACACCAGCAAAAGGGAAUGGAAUUGUUUAGUUAUGGUGUUGACCAAAAAAGUCAAACCUCCUGCCCAUCAGACUCCAGAGCCACUUCUGCUCUGUCUAACAUCAGUGUAAGGUCUUGGAGGAGUGGAGUGGGACCUCAUCGAGUGUUUGUACCCCACUCCCCUCUGGAUCUGAAGAUUGGACACAGGGUCCGAAUCAUGUUACCCUCUGGAAGGAUCAGCACCGGUACCUUACGCUACCUGGGCAACAUGCACAACUCUCCUGACUACCAUCUUGGCGUAGAACUGGAAUUGGCUGAUAAUGGACAACAUGACGGAACCUAUGACGGGCAGCGCUACUUUGACUGUGACCCUGGACAUGGUGCAUUUGUAGUAUUCAGUAAAUUGUUGAUGGCUUGGGAGUAGAUCAGGGACACUUGAGUGAAGACUCUGCAGCUGCUCAAGGACACGUUUUCUGUAUGGAUCCACUGCUGCGAUGAGGUUUUUGUAGGCCAACCUGUAAACCAGCACCACCCUGGAUCCCUCGACAAAAAAAAAUCUUUCCAUUGGCUUUUGGAUUAUUGCCAAAAAUAAGCUCUGUGCCUAACAAAAGUUUGUGAUACUCGCAUGUUUUGUUCAUCAUGAUCAUUCUUAUUCUUAAAACUUGAAUUUUGAAGCAUAAAUACAAUUGGCCAAAAGCUCAAAAUGAACUACACCAUGGUCACAAGACUUCGCGUCGCCAUCAUUGAGCUUCAACAACUCUUUCAGUUUUUAUUUCAGUCUAACAUUUUCCAUGAAAGCUUGAGUUAAAAUAGUUUGGAAGAGUGCGAUUAUAAACACAACGAGGCUGUGAAAGUGACUAGCGAGUAGAGAUGAGUUUACCUGUUCGGCUGAUGACAUUUCAUGACAAUAAUCUGUAGUAUUUAGAUACUUGUUAGCAACCGCCUUUUUCAAGACAAGUAAAAGCUUAAAAAAAUUACAUUAAUUUAUUUCAUGUCAUAGAAUAAAACAUGAGAAUAUCUUGAGCUUGUGUUCACCACAGAUCUUAUUUCAAUCAUUUAACGAAAAAACCCAUUAAAAAAAACUCAUUGACUUCAGGACGAUGGAACCGGAUGUGCUAAAAUGCAACUCAUUUGUGGGUUUUGGCCUACAAAAAUACAUCAUCCCUAAAGCACUCUAUUCACUUGUGUGUAGUGUAACUCUACUAGUAGAACAGUAACUUCUUAAUGGCAAACUUGUGACCUUAUAUGGUACCUUAAAGCUGAAGUGUGUAAUGCCUGUGCCACUAGAGUCAUCAAGUGAAAUGAUGACUGUUUUCCCAAACCCUCCCAAAAAAAGUCCCAGCCCAAAAUUGUGCUGUUGUUUGCACAAGAAAAUGUUUUGAAAGUGGCAUUUAAACAUAUAAGUUAACUAUCUGUCUUUGCUCAUUAAGCUAGGAGAUGACACACUUCACCUUUAAAGAGCAAAAUCUUUUGGGAAAGAAUGUUGUUCAGAUGUUUUAUGGUUUACUCUGACCGGUUACCAGACCAACACAGAAUCUUCCAACCCAAUCUCAUGAAAAAACGUAUUUUAUAAAGGGAAUGACUUCAAAUGAAUUCAUACGAUGUGAUUCGUAUGAAAACUUGAUGAUUUUAUAAGAAAAAUGAAGCAUGAAGGUCAACCCCUGGUCGUACAAAGAUUAGUCACCAAUUCUGCAGAAUGUAAUAAAUAGUUACAAAUUGCCAUGAGAUUGUGUUGGAAUCUGUACUGACUGUGUGGGAAAUUCUGUACUUGAACAUACAUAAUUAAAUAAUAGCACAUUCACAUCAGUAUCUUAGAGAAGGCCCAAAUCAACCAAAAUAUUACAUAUUUUCAUGAACUGUAAUGAAUGAGUUCAAAUUCUGUGGAAUUCUGCAGCCAUGCAUUCCAUGCAGGUCUACUUAUUGCCAAUAUCCGCUAAUGCAAAUGAAAGAAACACCCUAUUGAACAGGGACAAAGUUGACUUUUAAACAGCCAUAUAAGGCAAAUAUCAGCCACCACUCAUUUGCAUUCUACUAUUUCAGGUUUAGGUUCAAAAAACCCCAUAUGUGAUCUCCAGGAUGAAGUUAUCUCAAGAUUUUCCCUGUAUGUUGAAGGAUGUGUUCUGAUGUUUCAGGAAAGAUAAUUCCUUUGGACCUUCAUGAAAAUUAAGAGGAUGUUAAAAGAUUUCAUUAUGUAUCAAACAUGUUUACCCUACAUGUUUCUCAAAGAUAAACAACACAAGCAUUAUUAUCAAAUGUUUGUUUAAGUUGCAAUAAUGUUAAACACGUCUUGUGCAAAGUGUUUGCUUUGGCUUUUGCCUUUUUUGGUUUGAUAUUUUAGUCACAUUACUUCCUCGUACUAAGAAAAGGAAAUCACAUUCCUAUGGAUUGAGAUAAAGAAAUAAACAAUGAUCA